AUUUGUACCAGGCUGCAAUCUGCUCUGGUCUCCGCUUCUGUUUCAGAGCUAGAAGAGUGUGAGGACACACACGCAGACACAUACAUUCACGCAGACACAAACAUUAUUACAGAUAUUACUACUGCUACAGAAUACCAUAUUUGCUCUCCCAACCUGAGGUUUCUGGUUUGAGAUCUGUUCCUCCUGGAGUUUGAAGACUGCAAAUUCCUUGCAUUGGAUUUAUUUCUUGGCUGCCUAAUUAGUAAGAAGGAUUAUUUUUCUCUCAUUUUUUGGUUCUUGAUUAGCAGAAUUUGGGGACACAGACAGCGUGGUGGAAUUUUCCAGCUCAACAUAUUGGUGGACACUAAUGUCAGACCUGAGGACUUCAGAAGCUAGCUGUCAAAGGCACUGCCAGAAGAAGUCCCCUUCAUUCCCCGUGCUCCAUGCUGGAUAAAUGGUUCUUGGGAACACUAACAGGAUAACUGUGACUGGAGGCAAAAAGGGGAACGGUACAGUGUCUACUGGUUCCCUAAAGUGCAACCCAUCCAAAGAGGACCAUAUAGAUCCUGUGGUAGAUUCUGGAAAUCCGGCAGAAGCCAGACACACUGCUUAAGACUCAGCAGCAUGAAGUGUCUCCUUGGGAGGAGGCUAAAACUGCUGUCUCCAUUCUCUUCCCAACGCCAAGCCUCUUAGAGAUACAAAAGGGUCCAGUUUGGGUCAGACCUGCGAGUCCCACAAAACAAAACGGAUUCUACACUGCUAGGGUUCUUCUGGUACUCAAGUGGUAUUUUUGUAUGGGUGGCUAAAAUCACAGAGCUGGAUUUUUUGCAUGCAUUUUUGCCAUGGUGAAACCUUUGAAGGCAUGAACACUGGAGACCUGGGGACAAGCCAGGAGGAAGGCAGCACAAGCAAGGAUUGGUUAGACAAACGCUGCCCAGCCAGGACGUAGCCUAGCAGCUUCCAGAUCAUUCUGAUAACCUCUUUCUGGAAAAGGAGAAAAAAUCUCAGAGACCUCAUUGGUAUCUUAUUGGAUACCUGAGGCUGGUAGAGGAUCCACCUGUUCUUCCACAUCAGAGAUUUCUGAGAGAAUCCUCCUAUUCAGGAUGAUGUACAAGACCUUCCUCCGCUUCUUCACCAGAACAUGGCUACUCCUUGGUUUGAGCUCCAUUACUGCUUCUUGUCCUUCUUCGUGUCGCUGUGAUGGGACCUUUAUCUACUGUAAUGAUCGGAACCUAAACUCCAUCCCAACAGGCAUCCCACGAGAUGCCACUGUCCUCUAUCUGCAAAACAACCGCAUUCACAGUUCUGGAAUUCCUGCAGAGUUGCGGAACCUCAUCCGUGUGGAAAAGAUCUACCUUUACUGUAAUAACUUGGAUGAAUUCCCUACCAACCUGCCUGUAAGUGUUAAAGAACUGCACCUGCAAGAAAACAAUGUUAGGACUAUAACCCAUGCCUCACUAGCACAGAUUCCCAACAUUGAGGAGCUGCACCUGGAUGACAACUCCGUAUCAGCUGUCAGCAUUGAGGAGGGAGCCUUUCGUGAUAGCAACCAUCUUCGAUUGUUAUUCUUGUCUCGCAAUCACCUAAGCACUAUACCGUCUGGAUUGCCUAUGACCAUUGAGGAGUUGAGGUUUGAUGACAAUCGAAUUUCCUCCAUCUCAGAGCAAUCGCUGCAGGACCUUAUAAACCUGAAGCGACUAAUUCUUGAUGGGAACUUACUAAACAACAAUGGCAUAGGCCAAAUGGCUUUUGUGAAUCUUGUCAAUCUGACCGAACUGUCACUGGUACGCAACUCCCUCACUGCCCCACCUGCCAACCUGCCAGGCAACAGCUUAGAGAAGCUACAACUACAGGAUAACCACAUUAACCGUGUGCCUGUGGGGGCCUUUGCCUUUCUACGGCAGCUGUACCGCCUUGACCUGUCUGGAAACAACCUAAGUAGCUUGCCGAUGGGUGUCUUUGAAGAUUUGGACAAUCUCACCCAACUGCUGCUGCGAAACAACCCCUGGUACUGUGGCUGUCAUAUGAAAUGGGUACGGGAUUGGUUGCGGUCGCUACCCUCAAAGGUCAGUGUACGAGGUUUGAUGUGUCAGGGCCCUGAUAAAGUCAAAGGAAUGGCUCUUAAGGACUUAUCCACAGAGCUGUUUGACUGCACAGGCACUGAUGUCCCCCCCACAUUUGAUACAAGCACAGUUUCAAACACACUGCCCCCAUCAAGAGGUCAAUGGCCUCCUUUCAUUACCAAAAGGCCAAUAGUUAAGGGGCCCGAUCUCAGCAAGCAUUAUCGGAGCACUACGCCAUCAGGCAGGAAACUCAUCACCAUAAAUGUUAAGUCCAGCAGUGCAGAGACUGUUCAUAUUUCCUGGAAGGUAUCACAGCCAAUGACUGCAUUACGUCUCAGCUGGCUGAAGCUGGGACAUAGUCCUGCCUAUGGGUCCAUCACAGAGACCAUCGUUCAAGGAGAAAAGACUGAGUAUUUGCUGACAGCCCUUGAGCCGGAUUCCUCUUAUCGGAUAUGCUUGGUUCCCAUGGAAACCAGUAACAGUUACCUGUCAGAUGAAACGCCUGUCUGUAUAGAGACUGAAACCGGAUCUCUAAAAGCAUAUAACCCGACCACCACCCUCAACAGAGAGCAAGAGAAGGAGCCCUACAAAAACUCCAACCUGCCUCUGGCUGCUAUUAUUGGUGGAGCUGUUGCUCUUUUGGCUAUCAUCAUGUUGGCACUCGUGUGCUGGUACGUUCAUAGAAACGGGUCACUCUUCUCCAGGAACUGCACAUACAACAAGGGCCGCCGAAGAAAGGACGACUAUGCAGAGGCAGGGACAAAGAAGGACAACUCUAUCCUGGAGAUCAGAGAAACCUCUUUUCAGAUGAUACCAAUAAAUCACGGACAUAUGUCCAAGGAGGAGUUUGUGAUACACACUAUUUUCCCACCUAAUGGCAUAAGUCUAUAUAAGGCUCCACACAAUGAAAACAGCAGCAGCAACAGAAGCUAUAGAGACAGUGGAAUUCCAGAUUCAGACCAUUCCCAUUCAUGAUAGUGAAUACGUAUCAGACAUUUUAUUAUAAAUACAUGACUUGAAAACUGAUUGGUCUUUUGCAAAACACUGGAUUAAAAAAGACUGAAGAAGCAAUGUUCUGUACAUUCGCCAUAUAAUUUAUAUUUAAGAACUUUUUAUUAAGAAAAAGUUUUAAAAUUGCAGGCCAUCACUGAGUCAUCGGUGUAUGUUGUCAUCAACUGCAAUUCUAUAUUUUAGAAAUUUGUAGUAAUUUGUACUGUAUUUUCCUUGUUUUAGGUUUCAGACCAAUUAAAACUUUGUGCUCUACUGAAAUAUGAUGACUUGUCAACUGUGAAAGUGGAUUUUCAUUACUGUGUUGAACAAUCAAGAUUUAAAGAGACAUUAAAACCUUGUAGUAUAAGCACAGGUAAUUUUUCACUUUGUUAUUGAGACUGUCAAAAAAUGAGGGGAAAAGACAAGUGUCAUGAGAAGGUAGAUCAUGGUAGAUUUAACCACCAACAAAAAAGUAGAUGUUGUCAAUUCUUCUCUAGGACAGAAGGACGACGGCACAGACGCUGAAUGUUUGGGGUUUUUCUUUGGAAUUUGAAUUGAGAGUUCAAAGAAUUGUUACGCUUUAUUUCUGCUUUAUUUGACUUGCAGAAAUCGAUUUCACAUUCAUUUGCAAAGCAGAAAUGCCAGUAAGUAGCGAGUGUAAGACCAUGUACUUGUGCGAAAGGGUAGCCUUUGGGAUUACAGCACAGAGCAAAUUAAGCACAUUGAUCAUUAAAAGGACAAGUUAUUACUAAUGAGGUAUGGCUGACACAGAAGAAGCUCAGUGUUAGUAUUGGUGACUUCAUCAAGGAGAAACUAAAAUACAAUAUCCUAUAGUGCAGUGUACCAUAUGUCAUUGUGAACGUUGCCCUAUAGAUAUUAUAAUAAUCUGGGCAGAAAAAAGUUACAGUAAAAACAACAUUUUGGCUUUUGAAUAGUGUCAGCUUUUCUAUUAUUACUGUUAUUAUUUUCUAUUAUUUUUCAAUUCAAGCCACUUUUUGUUGCCACAAUUUAAGACUAUUGUUCUUUACAACCGAAACCAAAGUGCAUUGUACGCCCUUUGGCCAGUCUUGUAUGUGCCUUGAUCAAAUGCUUAUCGUAUUUAGCUUUUUAAGAAAACCAGUGACUUUUUCAUACACACUUGAAUAUGAUAAAAUAUUGGUCAUAUUGCAGAAUAAAAAAGUGGGAAAAAAAAUAAUCAAACCCUGUGGUGUUU